AUGGCAGGCACCCAGCCGGAGGCCCUGAAGCUCAAGAACGAGGGCAACGAGCUCUUCACCAACAACGACUUCAGUGCCGCCUACCACACGUACUCGGCCGCCAUCAAGCUCGAUCCGGACAGCGCGGUUCUGUACUGCAACCGCGCCGCGUGUGCGUACAACCUGAGCAGGUACCUCGAUGCGUGCACCGAUGCUAGAAAGGCGACUGAGUUGGACCCCACAUAUGCCAAGGCAUGGGGGCGUUUGGCAGCACAACUUCUCCUCAUACUGCAGAGCAUGGACAGAUACACGGAGGCGAUUAACUGCUGGAAACGCGCAAUCGCCGCCCUUCCGGACGAGAACCUAACGCCUGCACAAGCCAAGCAACGCGAAGGGUACGAGUCCGAUCUUGCCGCGGUCGAGGCGAAAUUCGAGCACAUGAAGGCGAACCCGAAGAUGCCCGAAGGCAUGCUGGCGUACCCAAACGAUAGCCAAGACCUCCGGCCGUGGCAGCGUGCGAGCCGGAUAGUGGCUGAACUCGAACGAAAAAGAUUCUGGAGGACCUGUGUAAGCGCGUCGCACACCGGUCACCGGGAAUGGGAGAGGGCACUCACCCAGCUUAACGCCGCUCAUGCCGUCCCAGGACCUCGAGGAGAGGAGGGAUGGUUUGCAUACCGGGGGGUUCUUGAGGGUUUUACAAAUGCCCUCAUAGCCGAUGAACGGAUUUUCCGCAUGUCAGACGCCAACAUAUUCCUUGAGCAGCUUCAGCGCCAAAUGGCUUGGGAGGCCCACGACGCGAAGGCGUGGACAGCGGUCGGCGCCCAGAAAGUGAUCGAAGAGAUUCCGGGAAGACUCGAGAAUGAAGGAUGGUCCUCGGUCCGGCCAGCUCUUGCUGUCACUGUGAGGUCAUGGAUCUUGCGUGCAUUCCUGAAGGACGGUUUGGAAGGCAAUCCGGCGGGAAGCCUCGACGUCUACACUUCUGCACUCGAGGUCCUCAAGUGGGCAGCGGAGAAGUACAAAGAUGUACCCUCGGAGGAACGAGGCACUGUGCUCCAGCCGACUUUCAUCCGCGGGGUGAAGGCUAUGAGGCUGAACCAGUACAUGAAGGCGAGUCUUCAAACGUCCACGCGAGCUCGUCUACCUCUAGAAGGGAUGAUCGCCGGCGCUGAUGAGCUCAUAGAAGAGCUCAAGGACGUUUCUAUGGAUGCUGAUGAUGCAGUAGCCAGGGGCGAAAAUCUGGGGUUCUGGUACGCAUUCCACAGAUAUCCGAACGCCAUGGCACAUGGCAUACGAGGAUAUGUUUUCAACAAACAAGCCCUGAAGCUUCGAGAGGAGGCUGGUGGGUUGACACCGGAGGCCUACGAUCUCUUUUUCAACUCGGCAGAUGAAUACAUACAAUCCGCCAUGCUGUAUCCUCUGGACGACUCGCACCACGUCUGGUUCUUCCAUUGCGCGCUCGAAGGGCAAUAUAACGCCGAGGCGCCCGCCUGGGUCCUCCUCAGGACCCUGGACGAGAUCAGUCAGGACUAUCCGAUCGCGGGGGCGCUUUGGGAGCAUUCCGCCGACUGGCCUCAGAUGAAGCCCGCCUUGGACCGCGAUAUGGACAUGCGCGAGGAUCUGCAGAGUUCAAUCGACGCGGGGGACAUCGAUCGGGACCUUCCCAUAAAGCUGAAGGCAAUGUCAACGAGCGAGCUUGUUAUGAUUAUGUGA